GGCGUCCAGCCCGCCGCUAAACCACCCGUGGGUGUAUUUCCGAUGCUAUUUAGCACAGGAAUUGUAGCGUGAAUAGUGCCACUUGCGCGACUUACGGGCGUUCGCGGCUCACUCGUAACGUAACUUUGCAAAAACAGGGUGAGAAAAUAGAGCGCGUUCUUCCGUUUUAUUGAACGGGAUAGACCCGGUUUUACAGCCAAAGCAUCACAACUUGGUGUAUAUAUGCGCAUACACGCAUACCAGGAUUGGAUCGGAGCUGAGAAGCGCAUCGUUCCGGGCUUCUUUCCGCGGGACCAAACAAAUCCGGACGGCCGUUCGAUCCUCCUGCCCCAUAGCUUGCUGGAACGGGCCCGGAGGGACUUCCGAGCUCGGGCGAGGGCAGUCCGGCUUCCCCGCCCUACACACACGCGCGCGGCCAGAAGUCCCGCCCCGCCGCCUCGGAUUGGCCGGCCACAACCAGGUGUGCCUAGCUGCCCGGCUUGCGAUUGGGCGGCGCCCGUGCCGCUCGGUUACUCGGCGGCGUCCUCGCGCGGCCGGCCGCCCCGCAAGGCUGACUCGGGGCGGCGAGUCGGGAGAAAGAGGAGCCUCUUUCUGCGGAGAACGACGGCCAUGAUGUCCACCUACAAGCGGGCCACCCUGGAUGAAGAGGAACUCGUGGACUCUCUGGAAGGAGAGAUCUACCCCAAUGGGGUCCAGGUGAACUUCCGUAGGCCAGGGGGCAGAAAAGGCUGCUGGGCACAGCGGACGCGGCCGGAGAAGCGCCUCCUGGCCUUGACGGUUAUCCUGUUCUUGGGUCUGUUGGCUUGCCUCGCCGUCCUGCUCUUCCAGUACCAGACCCAGCCCUGCCUGACCCAGGCCUGCAUCUCAGUGACCAGCUCCAUCCUGAGCUCGCUGGAUCAAGGCGUCAACCCCUGCGAGGACUUCUUCAGCUAUGCUUGCGGCGGCUGGAUCAAGAGCAACCCCAUCCCGGAUGGUCACUCCCGCUGGGGGACCUUCAACAAGCUUUGGGAACACAACCUGGCAGCCCUCAAGAGCCUCCUGGAGAACACCACGGCCACCUCGUCAUUGAGUGAGGCCGAACGCAAAGUGCAGCGUUAUUACCAGUCCUGCAUGAACGAGAGCCGAAUCGAGGAGCUGCAAGCCAGGCCGCUGGUGGAUCAGAUCCAGAAGCUUGGAGGCUGGAAUAACAGCGCCCCUUCGGGAGAGGACAGCUUCAACGAGAUGCUGCUGGCUCUGGUGGCCGAGUACCAACUGACCCCCUUCUUCUCCAUCUCUGUCAGCGUCGACUCCAAGAAUUCCAGCAGCAACAUCAUCCAGAUUGACCAGUCGGGGCUGGGGCUGCCGUCCAGGGAGUACUACCUCAACAAAACCCAGAACGAGAAAGUGCUGGCGGCGUACCUGAACUUCAUGGUCCAGCUUGGCAUGCUGGUCAGCGGGGAGGAGGAGGCCACGAUCCGGCCGCAGAUGCAGGAAAUCCUGGACUUUGAGACCGCCUUGGCCAACGUCACCACCCCACAGGAGAAGCUCCGGGAUGAGGAAGUGAUUUACCACAAAAUGCCUGCUGGGAAGCUCAAGGACCUGGCCCCGGCCAUCGACUGGAUGCCCUUGCUCAAGGAAUUUUUUGACCCGGUGGAGAUCAAUGAAUCGGAGCCGGUAGUGGUCUACGCCCAGGAGUAUCUCCAUCGUGUUUCCCUGCUCAUCCUGAACACGGACAAGAGGGUGUUGCGUAACUACAUGAUUUGGCACCUAGUGAGGAAAGGAGCCAAUUUCUUGGACCAGCGGUUCCAAGACGCGGAGGAGAAGUUAACGGAAGUCAUGUACGGAUCGAAGAAGACCUGCGUGCCCCGUUGGAAGCGCUGCAUCGGCGACACAGAUAACAGCCUGGGUUUCGUCUUGGGGGCCAUGUUUGUGAGGGCCACCUUUGCCGAAGACAGCCGGGCCGUCGCUGAGGAGAUGAUCCUGGAGAUUAAACGGGCGCUGGAGGAAAGCCUGACCAGCCUUGGGUGGAUGGAUGAGGAGACCAGGCGGUCAGCCAGAGAGAAGGCCGAUGCCAUCUAUGACAUGAUUGGCUACCCAAAGUUCAUCCUGGAUCCCAAAGAGCUGGACAAAGUCUUCCACGAUUACGACCCCGUGCCCGACCUGUACUACGAGAACGUCAUGCAGUUCUACAACUUCUCUGCCCGGGUGGCUGCUGACCAGCUUCGCAAGCCUCCGAACCGCGACCAGUGGAGCAUGACCCCGCCGACUGUGAAUGCUUAUUACUCUCCCACCAAGAACGAGGUCAUCUUCCCUGCGGGAAUUCUGCAGUCUCCGUUCUACACGCGGAAUUAUCCCAAGGCUAUCAAUUUUGGGGGGCUUGGCGUUGUGGUGGGCCACGAGCUGACGCACGCCUUCGACGAUCAAGGACGUGAAUACGACAAGGAUGGCAAUCUCCGUCCCUGGUGGAAGAACUCCUCGGUGGAGGCCUUCAAGCAACACACCCAGUGCCUGGUGGAGCAGUACGGCAACUACUCCGUCAACGGAGAAGCCGUGAACGGCAAGCACACCCUGGGGGAGAACAUUGCGGACAACGGGGGGCUGAAGGCCGCCUACCGGGCCUAUCGGAACUGGGUGAAGAAGAACGGGGAGGAGGCGUCACUGCCCGCCCUUGGCCUCACCAACGACCAGCUUUUUUUCGUCGCCUUUGCCCAGGUCUGGUGUUCUGUCCGUACGCCGGAGAGCUCCCACGAAGGACUUGUCACAGAUCCCCACAGCCCUUCCCGCUUCCGAGUCAUCGGGACGGUUUCCAAUUCCAGGGCCUUUUCCAAGCACUUCCAGUGCAGGCCCGGUUCGCCUAUGAAUCCCCCACAGAAAUGUGAAGUUUGGUGAGUUUUCUCCCCCACCACACACAGGGAAAAAUAAACCAAAACUAUGGGGCACCCACGCAGGACUGUCCAGUUCUUCUGCUUUUCCACCAUAUUAAGGACAAAAGGGAGGCUGCCCCUUUCAGGGCUCCCUGAUCCCCCACCCCCCUCGCUCUUCGCUGCAAACGGACUCCGGAAGACCGCUUUACGUGGCACCCACUCGCCACGGAAACCUUUCCACCGCCUCUCCCGUGGACGUUCGUCGGCGCACUGACCCUUCCUUCCCCGAGGACCUGAGCCAGCUUUUAAAGUCUUUUUUGCCACUUUUCCAAAAGGGAGAACCGUUCCGCUGCGUUAAACCGACACCCGCCUCGCUAAAAAGACACUACGGGACACAACGCAGCCUUUUAUAAAAUAAGGAAAUUAUUUUUACAACCUUGCAGAACACUGGAAAGAAUUUUUUUUUUGCGGGGUGGGAGGGGGUUAGAGGGGAAACGUGUGGAAUUUUUUAAAAAAAACGUCGCGAUGAUCUUUGUUUUUACUGUCUCUCUCUCACUUCCUAAUGAACAGAUUUCCGGAAAGGCGUUUAUUUUUGUUUUGAUGCAUCUGUGAAGUUGGCCCCCACGCCCUUGAAGGGGGAAAUGGGGCCAGGGUCUCCCUGGGUUUGUGAGAUGCCCUUCUGGCUUCGGGGCCGGGAUCUGUCACGGUCCCUGCCAGGCAUUCGGGUGUCGGGCAUGGGGUUCUCCUCAGAAGAGAAUCUUGUCUCUCAGUUCAAAUUUUGUGAGCUGUACCUUUUCGAAUUAAAGAGAGGGGAUGAGGGCAGAGCUCCAGAGUUAAGCAGGGGCCGGACUAAGUUUCCUCCCCCCCCCCCAUGCAGAACCAGAGAACCUCAACCCCAGGGUUGUCUGGGCUUAGUUGGGAGAGGGGCUCUGGGGCACUGGUGGAAUUCAUUUUUUUUUACUAAUGGUUCUGUGGGCAUGGCUCGGGCAUGGUAGGGGAAGGAUACUGCAAAAUCCCCAUUCCCACCCAACUCCAGGUGAAGGAUGUUGCAAAAUCCCCAUUCCCAUCCCACUCCUGGGGGAAGGGCACUGCAAAAUCUCCAUUCCCACCCAACUCCAGGGGAAGGAUAUUGUAAAAUCUCCAUGCCCACCCCACUCCUGGGGGAAGGAUACUGCAAAAUCCCCAUUCCCUCCCCCCUCCUGGGGGAAGGAUACUGCAAAUUUUUUUAAAAAUUUUUUAUUUGCAUUUAUAUCCCGCCCUUCUCCGAAGACUCAGGGCGGCUUACACUAUGUUAGCAAUAGUCUUCAUCCAUUUGUAUAUUGUAUACAAAGUCAACUUAUUGCCCCCCAACAAUCUGGGUCCUCAUUUUACCUACCUUAUAAAGGAUGGAAGGCUGAGUCAACCUUGGGCCUGGUGGGACUUGAACCUGCAGUAAUUGCAAGCAGCUGUGUUAAUAACAGACUGUCUUAGCAGCCUGAGCCACCAGAGGGCCCAAAUCUCCAUUCCCACCCAACUCCAGGGGAAGGAUAUGGCAAAAUCUCCAUUCCCACUCCACUCCAAGGGAAGGAUAUUGUAAAAUCUCCAUUCCCAUCCAACUCCAGGGGAAAGAUAUUGCAAAAUCCCCAUUCCCAUCCCACUCCUGGGGGAAGGAUACUGCGAAAUUUCCAUUCUCACCCAACUCCAGGGGAAGGAUACUGCAAAAUCUCCAUUCCCACCCCACUCUGGGGCCAGCCAGAAGGUGGUAUUUGCCGGUUCUCCGAACUACUCAAAAUUUCCGCCACCGGUUCGCUAGAACCUGCUGAAUAGCACCCUUGCUGUUGGGUCUGGGCAGAGGAAAACGUUGCGGGGGGAAAAACAGACACCGAGCACUGUCUCCCCUUCUGGGCUGCUUGGCCGAAGAGGGGAGUGGGGUUUACCCUGAGUAGAUUUUCAGCUCCUGGCCUUGAGGUAGGGUGGGUAGGUGGUGGGUUCCGAAGUACUGACAGGAACCCUCUGCCUGCCUUAAUGCCAGCAAACCUUUCCUGCACCAGCCCUCCUUUUGCCAAACCUUCUGGGCAGAACCUGGCAAUAAGACUUCCCCAGACUGCAUUUGGGGGGGGUGUGUGUGUGUGAGAUUUGUUCAGCGCCUCUGAAGGGGCUCCGCGAGGUAGCCCAUAGAUCAUCUCCCAUCGGCUUUCCCCAAGCAGCCACCCUCCAGAUAGGUUGGGUCCCUGUGUAGCUCCGUCAUAAAGUCCAACCACGUUGGGGAAAAGUUGGUUCUGGAUGGCCGUGAAGAGAGUAUUAUUAUUAUUAUUAUUAUUAUUUAUUAGAUUUCUAUACCGCCCUUCUCCCGAAGGACUCAGGGCGGUGUACAGCCAGAAUAAAAACCCAAACAAUACAAUAUACAAUUAAAACAAAAUUAAAAAAACUUAUUAUACAAUUGGCCGAAAAACUUUAAAACAUUUAAAAUUCUAAAAACCCAUUAAAAUUCAUAUAAAAUUUAGAAAUAUAAAAUAUAAAUUUAAAAUACAACAAAAUUUAAGCCAGCCCCGCGCGAAUAAAUAAAUACAUUUUCAAUUCGCGGCGAAAGGUCCGAAGGUCAGAUAUUUGGCGUAAACCAGGGGGAAGUUCGUUCCAGAGGGUAGGAGCCCCCACAGAGAAGGAUCUUCCCCUGGGGGCCGCCAGCCGACAUUGUAUGUUUUCCCCCUCCCCGCUCUCCCGUGUGUGUGUGUGUGUGUGUUGGAGUGGGAAAACCGAUGAUUUUAGGGUUCCUCCUGUGCAAAUGUGGGGUUUUCCACCGUGUUCCUCCUGCACGAAGCCAAAUUGUAUCCGGAUGUGCAAAUCUGCUCUUGGUAAUCGGAUCCCGGGAAGGCCGCCAAUGGCUUCCACAUGUGCCCCUUGCGGUUUUAAGGGAUGGAAUUUGUGGUGGUGGGGUGUUUUGCCAAACAGUUCUUCUGCCCCAUCGCACCCGGAGAGGAAAGGAAUGUUUCUCCCCCCCCACCCAUCCUCUCCCCAUAAAUUCUCUGGGGUGCAGUGAAUUGAGCCUUCUGAGAAAGGGGGGGAAAAUAUGCAAUACCCCAACUCUGGAUGGAUGGAACUGCUCAGCCAAUUUGUUCUUUUUAAACUCUCCUUGCCUUUCGGAAAGGACUUGUUAAUUUUUGAAAUAAACACUUUUUUAAACCACG